CACUGAAUAUUGAAAGUUUGAAACCGCGUGGAAUUUAUACUACUCGGUAUCAGAAACACAUUUUUCAUUAUUCUUCUUCUUUAAUACUUCGACAUUUAUACUGCCUUUGUUCACUAUUCAAUUAAUUUUUUCUGUACUUGCUAUUAACUCGUUUAGUCGUAAAUUUUCUGGUGGGUUCUAUUAUCAUGUUCCAAAUGAAGUGAUUCCAAACAUUUCACCCUUCAAAGUUGGUAUUUUUCUUCUCUAUCUUUCAAUUUCCUAGUUAGAUUUGUAAUGGCAGAAGUUAAGAGCUUCAUUUACACUGUUUUCUUGUCAAUUUUCAUGUCUUUUUUGUUUAGAACUGCAUUCUCUGUGAGUUCAGAUGAAAAGGCUUUAACAUCACUUUUAGCUAAUUGGGUUGUUCCUAAUUCAGUUAAAUUUAACUGGGUUUCUUCCAAUUUUAGCUCAUGUUCAUGGGUUGGUGUUCAAUGUGACAAAACCCAUCAUGUAGUUUCUCUCAACUUGUCAAAUUUUGGGAUUUCUGGGAUUUUAGGCCCUGAAAUUGGUCAAUUAUCUCAUUUGAAUACUAUUGAUCUUGGUUAUAACUCCUUUUCUGGUGAAAUUCCUGCUGAGAUUUCCAAUUGUAGUCUUCUUGAGUAUUUGGACCUUUCAAACAACAAUUUCACUGGUGAAAUUCCUGAAACCUUAGGGAAUUUGCAUAACUUAUUGGCUCUUAGCUUGUUUAGCAACUCUUUAACAUCUCGGAUUCCGGAAUCGUUGUUUCGGAUCCCACAUUUGCAGUCACUCUUUCUGAAUGAUAACAAGCUUACUGGUUCAAUUCCUUCCAAUAUUGGCAAUGCUAGUGAACUUGUUUCUCUUUAUCUGUAUGACAAUCAGUUAUUUGGCAUUAUACCUUCUUCCAUAGGCAAUUGUUCUGCCCUUGAAGUUGUCUAUUUGAAUGAUAAUCAGCUGGUGGGUGUUUUGCCUGAGAGUCUAAAUAACCUUAAUUUGGCCUAUCUGGAUGUUAGCAAAAACAAGUUGGAAGGUACCAUUCCCUUAGGUUCUGGUAGUUGUGAGCAUUUGAUUGAGCUCGUUUUGUCAUUUAAUAAAUUUCGUGGUGGUAUACCUCAUGGCUUGGGUAACUGCAGCAACCUGGAGCUUUUUGCUGUAGUAAAUAAUCUCUUAACGGGAAAGAUCCCGGCUUCAUUAGGUCAGCUUUCCAAACUUUCUAAACUGUACCUUGCAGAGAACUCUCUGUCAGGGAAGAUACCUCCGGAACUUAGGAACUGUAGGUCCUUGACUGAAUUACAAUUGAAAGAGAACAAACUUGAGGGUGAGAUUCCUAGUGAAUUGGGGUCUCUAAGUAAAUUGAGCAACCUUGAAUUGUUUGAAAAUCGACUGUCAGGAGAGUUUCCACUUAGUAUUUGGAAAAUUCAGACCCUUCAGGAUGUUAUUAUUUAUAGCAACAACUUAUCAGGGGAGCUACCUCAGGAACUGACGAAGAUGAAGAAUCUCAAGAACAUUUCCUUACAUGAGAACCAUUUUUCUGGGGUCAUACCACGAGGUUUGGGGAUCAAUAAUAGUUUGGUGCAGAUUGAAUUUACAAACAACAAAUUCACUGGUGAAAUUCCUCCUCACCUUUGUUUUGGUAAGCAGCUAAAGGUUCUUAACUUAGGUCAAAAUAUGUUCAGUGGUAGCAUACCCCCUGAUAUUGGAAGUUGCUCAAGUUUGACUAGGUUAAGACUUGAGCAAAAUAACCUGGCAGGGAGACUUCCUGAAUUUGCUGAGCAUCACAGUCUCAUUUUCAUGGACUUAAGUGAAAAUAAUAUUAGCGGAAAAGUGCCACCAAGCCUUGGGAAUUGUCGUAAUAUCACCACAAUCAAUCUGUCAUUGAACAAGCUUACUGGAUUUUUGCCUCCAGAGCUUGGAAACUUGAUAAAUCUUCAGGCAGCGAACCUAUCUCACAAUUGUUUAGGAGGAUCAUUGCCACCCCAGCUAGGGAACUGGAAUAAGUUGCUUCAAUUUGAUGCCACUUUCAAUUCCUUGAAUGGGUCAAUUCCACCGACUCUAAGAAGCUGGGAAGCCAUAUCUACCUUGAAUUUAAGAGAGAAUAGUCUUACUGGAGGAAUUCCUCCUUUUCUAUCAGAACUCCGAAUGCUCUCAGAACUUCAACUUGGUGGCAAUUUAUUCAGAGGACAAAUUCCUUCUUCAAUUGGCUUGUUGACAAAUUUGAAAUACACUUUAAAUCUUAGCAACAAUAAGCUAACCGGUGAAUUACCUUCUUCUCUGGGGGGAUUAGCCAAUCUACAGCAGCUGGACGUGUCUCACAACAAUCUAUCGGGAUCCUUGGCCACUCUCGGUAAUAUGCCUUCUUUGGUUGAGGUUAAUGUCUCAUACAAUCUGUUCUCUGGUCCAAUACCCUCAACACUAUCGAACCUGUUGAACAUAUCACCAUCAUCGUUCUUGGGAAAUUCUGCACUUUGUGUUGACUGCUCUCAUGCCACUGAUUCUAAUUGCACAGCACAAAGGUACGUAAGGCCAUGUGAUGAUGUGCUAGGGAGGAAAAGCUCUAAAAGCCGAUUGGACAGUAUUCACAUAGCAAUUAUAGCUCUUGGGUCAUUGCUCUUUGUGGUGCUUCUUGCCCUUUUAAUCUGUUAUAUCUGUGUCAGAAGUCAAGGAAGACAGAAAGAAGACAUUGAAUUAUCAAAUCAGGAAGGUACGUCCUUUCUGCUCAGCAAAAUCAUGGAGGCUACUGAAAAUCUGAAUGACAAAUACGCCGUUGGUAGAGGAGCUCAUGGAACUGUCUACAAAGCCUCAUUGGCUCCAGAAGAUGUCUAUGCUGUCAAGAAGCUUGAUUUUGGUGGUCAGACUGGUGCAAAUGAGAGUAUGGUUAGAGAAGUGCAGACACUUGGGAAAAUCAGGCAUCGAAAUUUAGUUAAAUUGGAAGGUUUUUGGUUGAGGAAGGGUUAUGGCUUGAUACUGUAUAAAUACAUGGAAAACGGAAGCCUUCGUGAUGUUCUCCAGCAGACAGAUCCUCUUUUAUUGCUAUGGGAUAUAAGAUAUAAGAUAGCUCUUGGAAUGGCACAUGGAUUGGCAUACCUUCAUUUUGAUUGUGUUCCUGCUAUCAUACACCGUGAUAUCAAGCCUGAAAACAUACUUUUGGACUCAGAAUUGGAGCCUCACAUCUCUGACUUCGGCAUUGCUAAGCUUUUAGAUCAAUCACCAACUUCAAUUCAAUCUCUUGCAAUUUCUGGGACAACCGGCUAUAUUGCACCAGAAAAUGCUUAUGCAACAAAGAGAAGUACUAAGUCAGAUGUUUAUAGCUAUGGGGUUGUAUUGCUUGAACUUUUGACCAGGAAGAAAGCAGUUGAUGCAUCAUUCCCUGAGGGAAUGGAUAUAGUCGGAUGGGUCAGGUCAGCUUUGGACUGUUCUGAACAGAUUGACCAUGUGAUUGACGAAGCCCUCCGUGAGGAAUUUGUGGAUUCUGAGAUCAUGGAACAAGUAUAUGACGUCCUUUCUAUAGCUCUCAAGUGCACAGAAAGAGAUCCAUGCAAGCGACCAACAAUGAGAGAUGUUGUGAAGCAAUUAGAAGAUACCAAUCAUACUGCAAGAUGGAAGAAAUCUUAGUAGCUUUAUUUAGGCUCAUUAUUCUAACUCUCCUUGUUCUGCCAAUCUGCAUUCUUGCGUUUUCGAUGGUGGUCUUGGACGACGAUGGAUGUAACCCUUCUGUGUAAGUGUAUAUUUCAUGCAUCAUAAGUGGCCCUCUAGUUCUUCUAGCUCUAAAUUGUUUCUGUAGCAGUUUUUCCUCUUUCUUACAAAAUGAUGAUUACUGCUCUGUAUGGUCUGAUGGCUAGCUAGUGUAGCAUCUUACAUCUCUAGUUAUUUGUUUAGUGGUGUCAAUGGUGUAAAACUAAUGGACCCUCCAUCGCAUUGCAUUUGAGCACUUCCUAAUUCAAUCUUCCCAAAUAAUUUGGUUCAAAGGAAAA